AUGGCGCGCCAGGUGCUCAAGACGCACGACGCCAACUUUGCCACCCGCCCCAGGCUGCUCAGCGGCGAGAUCGUGCUCUACCGCUGGGCCGACAUCCUCUUCUCGCCGUCCGGCGAGUACUGGCGCAAGCUCCGGCAGCUGUGCGCCGCCGAGGUCCUCAGCCCGAACCGCGUGCUCACCUUCCGACACAUUAGGGAACAGGAGAUGGCGAGCCAGGUGGAAAGGAUACGAGCAGCCGGGCCAUCGACGGCCGUGGACCUCAGCGAGAUGUUCUACAACCUGGCGAUCAGCAUCGUCUCCCGCGCAUCCUUCGGCAACAAGCAAAGGAACGCCGGCGGCUUCCUGACGGCGAUGAAAGCCGGGGUCGCGCUGUCCAGCGGCUUCAAGAUCCCCGACCUCUUCCCCACCUGGCGGCCCGUGCUCGCCGCGGUGACCGGCAUGCGGCGCACGCUGGAGGACGUCCACAGGACGGUGGACUCCACCCUGGAGGAAGUCAUAGAGGAGAGGACACGUGCCCGGGACGAGAAGCUGCAGGCAAGGUCUGCUUCUGGCCGAGGCCGAACAGACGCCGCCGAGGACGACGACGGCGAGAACCUCGUCGACCUCCUCAUCGGCCUGCAGGAGCGAGCUUCCUCCGGGUCGUUCCACCUGAACCGGAACAGCAUCAAAGCGAUCAUAUUCGACAUGUUCACCGCCGGGACGGGGACGCUGGCGUCGUCGCUGGACUGGGGCAUGUCGGAGCUGAUGCGGAACCAGAGGGUGAUGGGCAAGCUGCAGCGCGAGGCGGCCGACCUGCCGUACCUGAAGCUCGUGAUCAAGGAGACGCUCCGGCUGCACCCGCCGGUGCCGCUGCUGGUGCCUCGGGAGAGCAUCGACGCGUGCGAGAUCGAGGGCUUCACGAUUCCGGCGAGGUCCCGGGUCAUCGUCAACGCGUGGGCUGUCGGAAGGGAUCCCAAGUACUGGGAGGACGCUCAUGAGUUCAAGCCCGAGAGGUUCGAGGGCAACGUCACCGACUUCAUGGGGAGUAGCGACGAGUACAUACCGUUCGGUGCUGGACGGAGGAUAUGCCCUGGGAUUUCGUAUGGGCUGCCGGUCUUGGAGAUGGCGCUCGUGCAGCUCCUCUACCACUUUGGUGAUUGGUCCCUGCAGGAGGGUAUCGAUGAGGUUGACAUGACAGAGGCACCUGGCCUUGGUGUCCGCCGCAAGCCUCUCCUACUCUGUGCUACCCCAUUCGUUGCCGAAACAGCAGGGUGCAAAGUAACUGUAUAG